GGCUUGGUUAGUUAGUCGGAAUCUCUUAGUGGUCGGCAUUAUUAGAUUAACAUUUUCAUAAACAUCGCAUUAAUAUCAAUUUGGAUACACGGAUUGGGAUAGACGCGGGUGCGAAGGAGAGGGCGAAAGCGCGCGCCAAAGACACACACACGCACGCGGUGAAGAGGAAUUAAAAGGCGACUUAAGAAGGAAUUCCAUUUCUUUUCUUCUCUCCUUUUUUUUUUUCGUUUAGUCGAGUGCAGCAGCUCUUUGGUCCUAAUUAAAACUUGAAGAGGAGAGUUUAUUGGAGGCGACGGCCGCUUUCAAAAUAAGUGCUAGCAAUAAUUGCGAAAACCAUCAUGAUCUGCAGCGGCGGCGGCGGAUACGGCGAAUCAACGUCGGCGACGGUAGAUCAAGAGUGCUUACGUGGACAUUCCGAUAACAAUCGACAGUUUUCGGUAACCAAUCUUCUGAGGCUCGGACACAAAAGAUCUUUGGACAUCGUCGAUCCAUCAUCAACAAACAUCGAUGAUUUUGUGUGCGACGGUGGUGGCGGCGGCUCCGACAGGGAUAAACACAAGAAACCUAGACGCAACAGGACGACCUUCACGACCGCCCAACUGUCUGCCCUCGAGAGGGUUUUCGAGAAGACGCACUAUCCGGACGCAUUCGUGCGCGAAGAUCUAGCAACCAAAGUCAGCUUAAGUGAGGCCAGAGUUCAGGUGUGGUUCCAGAAUCGCAGGGCAAAGUUCAGAAGAAACGAGAGAAGCCUUUCCGUCGUCCAUCAACCCGCACCAUCAUCAUCAUCUUUACAGGGUAAAUUAUCAAAGACACCGUCGUCGUUCGGUAUCCGUUCGGAUCCUCAGGAGCAACCGAUUUACGCGCAAGGUUCUACCGAUCUUCAGUACGUGAUGCCUCCGUGGAAGUUCGGUCAUUACGGACAGGAAGAUCUUUACGCGAACACGACGAUCGGAGGAAAUCACCUAAACCAUCAUCAUCAUCUGAAUCAUCAUCAUCAGACGUGCGGUUUCCUCGGUCCUUCGCUCAACUAUUGCCCACCGAACAUCGCCCCUUCUUCAAACCGUCUGGACAUAAGCGGCUUAAGAUACAGACCGCACGAGUUCACAAUAACGCCCCAAAUGUAACACAAUCUUCUAUAAAAAAAAACAACCGCAAUCAA